GACAACACCGGCCGAGCUGAUUUCAUCAUCCUAGAUCGUGCAGCCCGUCGCUUCUUUGGCAUCGAAGCUGAGAAACUCUGCAACACGAGUACAUAUGAGAAGGACCAACUGCCAAGCAUUUUGCUGCAAGUUGUCAACAUGCAGUUGAAGUUCCACAUAAGACUCACCAACUUCAAUUACACACACCCCAAAACUGAGUACACAGUCAUCAACAUCACUGAUACACCAAUCCAAGGAACAGUGCCACAAAAAACAACCAAUGAAGGAAGCAGCUCCAACAUAUCAGGUGCGAAUCAAGGACCCAGCUCAAACAUUACAGGU